CAGCUGUUGUUUCCUUUGUGAUAAAAUAAUCCAAAAUUUCAUUUUCCAGUUAAUAAAUACGUAAAUAGUAAAUACUAAAUAGUAGUAAAUAGUAGAAAACAAGUCGUAUUUUUAUUCUUCCUUUGUUUGAAAUGUCGAAUUUUGUUUUUUCUUUACUAAAUUGUUAUUAGUUUCGACGUUAGGUAGUCGUUUUUAAAAUUAAAACGAAUAGUAUUGUUUAACUUCGAUACUAUCGUUGUAGAAAUCGUUUCGUGUGGUAGUUGUUUUAAUACGAUCUCUAUCCACACGUCUAAAAUGUCCGGUUCUUGUGAAACGAACACCAAGAAACAGAAACUCCAUCACCAUCAUCAGGUGUCGUUGGACGUCAAUGGUGGUAGCGGCAGUGCAUCGACGGCUCCACUUGAUGGUGCCGUUCAAAAGAUCACUACCCCAGCAAUGGGGUAUUUCUGUUUUGAUACACUAUACUCCUAUCUGAACAGUUUGGAGCCUCCCAAGAAACCAGAUUUCACAAAUGAUCCAUUUCCUCUGUUCGUAACAUGGGAGACCGGAAUAGACAAGAAACUCAGGGGGUGUAUCGGCACAUUCAAUUCAAUUGCUUUACACAGUGGCUUACGCGAAUACGCUAUAACAAGUGCACUGAGAGAUUCAAGGUUCAAACCAAUCUCAAGCGACGAAUUGAACCGAUUACAUGUAACCAUAUCGAUAUUGUUACACUUCGAGGAAGGCAAAGAUUACAACGAUUGGGAAAUCGGCGUUCACGGUAUACGCAUUGAAUUUCAAAAUGAACGUGGACUGAGGCGCACCGCUACUUAUUUACCAGAAGUAGCUGAAGAACAAGGCUGGGACAAAAUACAAACUAUUGAUUCACUCCUGCGUAAAGGAGGUUAUCGAGGACAUGUAACACCUGAGACUCGUCGCUCUUUAAAAUUGACUAGAUACCAAAGCGAAACUGUAUCAGUCAGUUUUCAAGAUUAUAUGAAUCAUAUGCAGACUCAACGUUGCUAGCAGCAUCUUUGGGGCCAACAAGACACAGUGGCCCCUCAAAUACCAACACUGCCGAUUUUUAAACACCCAAACAUGUAUUUAACUCAUUCACGUCCCUUAUCACAGUCAAAGUAUUUCCAACUACAAGCAUCACCAAUUUAUUUUAACUAUCCAAUAUAAUAUAAAACCAGAUGACCAAUAAAACAAAAUAAGUUUAUGAAAAUUUCCCAACUGUUGUGAUUUUAAUAUAAAAGAUAUUUUAUUUUCCCAUUUUUGAUGGUUUUUGUGUAAUAAUUUAAUAAUGAAUAAGAUUUUGGAGUUGACAUUCAAAACAUAAUUAUUUAUUUAAUAUACUAAAACUUUUAAUUAUGAUUUUAAAAUGAAUUCUUAUUUCCAUUUUACUUUAAACUAUGCUUGUAACAGACAAUUUAAUUUCUUAAAAGGAAAUCCUUGCAUUGUUUGUUUUCUAUCUCUAACCCAUACACAACAUAGCAAAUUUGUAAUCAGCAGAACUAAUCUUUUGCUAUUAUCUUUAAUAUUAAAAUGAAUUAUAUUAAAUAUUAUCAAUCUAAGAACAUUAUUGUCAUAAUAAUGAAUUUAAUCACUAUUAAAGUGAACAAUACAAGAUUUCUUCUAACCGUCACAAAUUUGAUAUUGUGCAUGAAUCAAUAAAAGGAAACAAAUAGUUCUCUGAUAUCUUAAUAAUUCAAAUUCAACAAUUAUUUAGGUAUAUAAUUAGCAUCUUUCCUUAACUAGGUGGAUUAAUGAAACUUCCAUUAUUACUACAUUUUUUUAAAAUCUUCAAAUUUUAUAAUUUAUUAUUUAAAACUUAAAAAGUCAUUAAUAAUAGAAAUAUCAAUUAUUUUUAAGUUUAAUAAUAAUGCAUUAAAUAAGUAAAAAAAAAUCAAAGAGCUUUUAAAAUUUAAUUUAAAGUUAUUUAAGUAUUAAACUUUAAAACUAUAUUAUAGUUAUUAAUUAAUAAUUAAUAUGUAUAUACAAUUUUAAAUUUUUUUCAUUGAGUUAAUAUAUAAUAAUAUUAUUAAUUCAUUUUAUUAAUCUUGGUUGUAUUAAAAACAGAAUAUAUCAAUUUUUAAUGUUAACGUUUUAUGAAGAAAAAUAGUUUUAUUUUCUAAAAAGCGUUAUAAAACCUAUUAUGUGUUCACUAACUUCAAAGAAAGUUUGUUUAUAAAAACAUGGUUUUAAUUUUUGUCAUACAAUUUUUCUGACUGGUAUUUGACUAAAUUAUAUACUUUUAAUCUAUUAAAUAUCAACUGUCUAUAUAUUCUAAAUUUAAAAGAUACUUCAGAGGCUGACCUGUGUGCAGAGGUAUGAUCUUUACUUCAUGACAGGCAGAUAACUGUUCAUUGCCUAACUGCCACCCAACACAACUGGUUGCUUGCUGGAGACUAAUAUAAACGUAGUACAGAUAAUGUGACUAUAUUAUAAGUUGAACAAUAAUCAUGAUAUAGUUUUUGUUUGACAUUAGUUAUAAAGUAUUAUAUUAUUUUAUACUAAUUAUAUUAUUUUGCUAAAUAUAUUGCAAUUCAAAUUAUUAA